AUGAUAGCAACUGCGAACCCUCCCUCGACCUCUGUCACCGACACAAUCCGCGCCGAGCUCAACCUACGUGCGCCGAGCACGCAUACACUGCAAUACCUUCGCGCAAUCCUUUAUCCUGACGCAGCGAAAGUCAAACCUACUACCUGCCAGGCCAAUAAGGCAUCCGCUGCAAAGAGGCCAGUCAAAGCUCAAAAAUCAACAAAUGCAAAAUCUAAGCCUGCUCGGGAUGCUGACCCAGGCUUCCGCAUUCAUGCCAACGUCGACAUCCAGACUUCCAAUUUGUCACCAGCAGACCGGCGCAAGAUCGCCACUGAAGCCUUUAAUUCUACACUUAAAACCCUAGGUGAGGCUGCAAAGGCCGAGAAAGAGGUGGCGAAAUCGCGGUUGAACGGGAUCACGCCCUCAAGGCUUUCCCACAAAAAGGCUCCCCUACAAGAGCGGUCGCCGAACAAGGAGAAGAGAAAAGACUGUGACUACCAGAAUAAAGCAAAACACGAUGUACCAGGAACAAGUUGGGAGGAGGUCGUGGCAUGCUGCCAUUCCGCACUACAGUAUCUCCGUGAACAAGAGGCUAGUAUGACAAACACGGAUAGCGGAAAGUCCUUGGGUACAGAAAAUGCUGCCUUGAUGUUGCUGGACAGAACAAUCACAUUAGGCUUGCCUCAUCAAGCACAGGCCCAGCUCUCUGAGAUUCACCAGAGGUCCUGUGGCGCGUCGGAAAUGGCUUCUGGACCGAGCCUUGGGAGACUGUUCCUGGGCCGGUCAGAUGCAGUGAAGCAAUCCUCGACUUUCAACUUUACCACAUCUAUGCAAAGCCAAGGUCUUCGCCUUGCGAUUCUGAGAGGUGCAGGGUGCAUUGACAUGGAGUUGUUGGACGCUUUGCGAGUGAGUAACGUCGGAAGUCCAGCUUCCAUCACUUUACAAGGGCUUAAGGCGGGUCGACACACCUCCGAGCAGGCAGGUCAGCAACUUCGAACAAUCUCGCUUGCUCUGGCGAAGCUGUAUUCCAGUGCCACGAAGUCACCCAGUGACAAGGUCUCCCUCGACUACAGCUUCGAGCUCUUCUGUAUUGCACUGCAGAUCAAGUUCGAGUCAUGGAAGCACCUGGGACAUAAACCUGAACUGGAGACAGAGAUAUGGAGGCCAUUGCAAGCGGCUGUUAAGAGAAUGUCAGCAGGCAACAAAGAUGUUGCAAAGUCAUCGGCACUUAUUUUCCACUACCUGCAACUGUUUCGAGAGCUACUGAAACUUGCAAACUUAGUCAGCGCCGUGCCACCAGCAAUGAUCGACCUGCUUGCCAAUUUUCCCACGAGCUCUGGAGCGAACGCGGAGGUAUUGAUGUUGCUGGAAGAGCGCGUUGCGACGGCAAAGGAUACGGAUCUGCUGAUUGUGAGGUGUCAGAUCGCAAAUUCAAGGCUAAAGAGCUACUCAGAAGCUCUGGGACCGACACUUGGUGCACUUCAGCACGUGGCUCACGCUUUUGAGGUUGCCUCCAGUCUCUCCGGGACGGAGCUCGAAAGAGUCUUACUUCAUUUCGCCCAGCUUCGUAAGAUGGCCGUCGAAGCGAUGACUGCCAUUGAAGCGAACAACUCAAAAGACCAACCCUCAAGCGAAGUGCAGAUAGCGAUCAUACGUUUGCUGUAUACUUCCUGCCGGUUCAUCAGCCAUCAGAUUCGAUCCAGACUGGAUCAGACUUCCCGCGAACCUGCAGAAUCGAGGAACGUUCCUCUACUGACCACCAUGGUCAAGAACGUGGAAGCUGUCUUGUCCACAGACAGAAACGCCGUGGCCCAUCGACCAGCCCUGAGCACGUGCGCUUACGAUGCCAUGGAACACGCUUCAGAAGCACUUGAGUUCUUACGUACAAUGGUUUCGAGUGGUAUCACGCACAGCUCGUUGACCUCAACCUUGGCCCAGCUUCGCAUACGGCUAUCACGGGCACUUUGGACUAGAUUCCUCCAUGCCGCAGAUCAGAAACAGAGUUUACAGCAGCAGUUGCAAUACUUGCAGCUGUCUCUCACUGGCCUCUCCGAGCUGGAUGUGGAACAUCAAAGAGCAGCCCAAUUCGGGCUAAAGAAUGAAAGAUUGGCAUCGUGCUAUAUGGACUUGGGAGACUAUGCCGCAGCAAUGCAAGCGGUCCGGAAGGCCAUUGAUUUCAGCGUGCGGGAUGGCACACUCAGUGAUGUGGUUGAACUCCUUCUGGCUGGCCCGGUGGAUCGCGCAUGGUCUAACCAAGACAAAAACUGCCGCACGUUAGCCAUGAACCUCAACACACAUGCUAAGAUAUCGUCAGAACAUACCUCAGCGACAGAGGAUGAGGAGCUCUUCUAUGACUGCUUGUCUCUCCCAGCAGUGCAUCGCGUGGUCAUGCUAGAAAGGCAGAUUUAUACGCUGAUGGAAAGGGAUCUAACGGACCAUCAACUCAAGUUCUGCAUCUCACGUGUCAACUUCAUCAUGGAGCUCUUGCACCACAAGGAGUAUCAUGUAUACAGAUUGAGACUUGUCAGUAAUCUCUUGCAGCUUGCUUUGAAAAGACGGCUACCAUCAACCAAAUUUCCCCUUGAUGCUUUGUGCGUUGAGACCGGGCCGUCUGUGGAGAAUCAGCGCACCAAGACCACCAUAUUUCUUCGCUCAUAUGAGCCAGUACUACGGCCAUUGCUUCCUCUACAACGGAUGCUCUUCACUGGAAGUGUCAUCAGUCAGAAUCUCAAAGCACCGCUCCAUCAACUCUAUGACGUUGUUCAACAGUGCAAAACCCUGGACGAUGUCGAUAAAGUGGUUGACAGUGCAGACACCCUAAUGACCACGCUUGAGUCUUGUCUUGAUUACGCGGCCAUCUUGGGAAAUCUCGAGCAGAGGCUGCUGAUCGUGGAUAUCGUGUGUCACCUCAUUCAACUUGGGCACCACGCCCCCAAGCACUCGGAAAUGGCCAUUUUGCUUCAGUCAGCGGAGAUUCGAGACUGUCUUCAGGACUGUUCUUCCGCUGACUCUGCCUUCAAGAAAGCCAAGGCAGCAAUGACAGCAAUGGCAACAGAGAAAUCCGAUCCAUUGUUGGAGGCUGAAUUUGCGUUAUCAUAUGCGGAACACUUCCUCAAUAUCGAAGACAUGUCUCAAUGUCUUGAGUGGCUUCAACGUGCGCAGCAUGCCUGGAAAAGCCGCGACGCGUUAUGCUCUUCCGGUAGAGGUCGCUUGAGAGAACAGACACUACUAUGUCGAGCUGCGAGAGUUGCAUCUCAAGUUGCCUACCACCGCCACCAGCUCUUGGAAGCAACUGUGUAUGGAAGACAGUCUAUCAAGAUCGCGUCAGCCAUCUGGAUGUCAACAGAGAAGUUGUGGGAAGUCGACGAUACUCCUCCAAGAGGUCAUGCGAAUGAUUCUCAACUGCAGGGGCUUGCAGGGGACUUCUGCAAGCUUGACCUGUCAUUCCAGCGUACAAGCCGGCUGACAGCUGAUAUGGCCCGACUCUGGCCGCAGAUCCAGCUAUAUUGCUCUGCUUUCAGGAACGCGGGGUUUCUAGCUGAACACAGCGGUCUGUAUCAGGAUGCUGUCUACUUUUACGAACAGGCUCUCAAAGUCGCCAGGAAGACUUCUCAGUACAAUAUCGGGCGUCUCAUCCAGACUGAGGUGGCUUUGAUACAUGCUCGGGCUGGUCACCUUGAGAAAGCGAGAAGUCAGGAUUCAGUAACACAUGUGCAUGGUGGCAACAUCGCGGUCAUGCAGGCGCUCACGGCUGUCAAUCAAGGCGAACUUCAUUUGCUGCUUGGCGAUUACACCUCGUCUCGCAAAUGCCUGGUCGAAUCGGGCAGGCUUCUUCAGGUCAAGGCCUGUGCUCCUCUUCAGCCCGGCUCCGGUCCAAAGAAUAAAGAGAAGGCUCUGGAAGCUCCUACCAAAGCCAAAGCACCGGUCAGGAAGCCGGCACCCAAAGCAUCGACGCGAGAUGAAGCCGCGCCUAAGAGGCCGGCUCAGAAGGCGAUCCUCAAACCAAACCCUCCUAGGACUUUCAACGAGGUCAACGAGCGCAACUUGCUUCUGGAGAGGAAAUUGAACCUGGCAGAACAUCCACAGGACGAGAUCAGUCGCAGUAUGUCCACGAUGGACAAUGUCAACAGCUUUGUACUCCCUCGAAAGUACGUGGUCGAAGCUCUCGGUCUGGUGGCGAACGCGCUGGGAAUGUUUGCUCAGGAUGCAGACACAAACGUGUUAGCAGAGACGGCGAUGGCCAUACCGGUGCGGUACAGGUCUUCGAGAAAAAGUGGGAGAGUAUCAUUUGUGCAGAUCGGCGUGUCACAACGGCUGAUCGACGACAAAAGGGUACGAGGCAAGCCACGAGACGUCCGAGGACCGCACAACGCAAUCAAGGACGGCAGGGAUGUCAUCAUCCAGGCUUACGAAAUCCUGUCGAAGCUGAAAGAAUUUCCUCAAGCUCGAAUAUCCCUAGACAUGAUUCACACCGCACGUAGGGCAUUGACGCAAAUUAGCCUCCUGUCUACUGGCUUGGGCCAUCCGUUGGUCCCUUCGUCUUUGGAGCUGGUUCUUGACGCCUUGAAUCCCAUGGAUGUUGCACUGAACAGGGAGCGCAUUGUGGUGUUGAGCGAGUCGGCCACAGCAGACAAAGCGCGGAUGCAAAGCUGGCCAGAGUUGGGAGCCACGAGUGUUGCUAAUCUAAUAGCAGACUCGGAGAGUGGUAAGGCUGUCGAUACGAGUCUGCUACCGCCUUCAUGGUCGAUCGUGUCCCUUGGUCUCAACGAAGCGAGGACUGAGCUCCUCGUGUCACGGAUCACCACAGGUACUUCACCGUUUAUGCUCAGGAUCCCGCUCUCGAGACCAGAUAUCUCUGACACGGAGGUUGACGAGCUGGAUUUUAUCAGUGCGAAGACCGAAAUGCUCAGGAUCGUUGCACAGGCUAACGCGAGUGCACAUGACGCAAGAGGUAGUUCAGCGGAUAAGGCUGUGAGAAAAGCAUGGUACGCUGAACGGCAAGCCUUGGAUCAGCAGCUUGCGACACUGUUGGAGAACCUCGAGAAUGUGUGGUUUGGCGGGUUCCGUGGACUGCUUUCAGGUUCCCAAGUCAACGAAAAUGCCCUGUUGAAGUUCGGCCAGAGCUUUUCUCUGACACUCAACCGACACCUCCCUUCGCGGCAAAAGACUUGCAAAGCAUCAGACGCCAAAGUUGAGCUUCACGCUCAUGUUUUGGAGCUUUUUGUGACGCUGGGCGAUCCUCGCGAAGCUGAUCUAGAGGACGCUAUCACAGAUCUUCUUUAUUUUGUGAUCGACAUCCUCCAGUUCAAUGGAGAAAGGAACGCAUACGACGAGAUCGACUUUGACGCCAUGAUGGUCGAAGUACUUGAUGCUUUGUACGCUUACAGCGAUGAGACGGCCAAAGCACAAGGUGACAAAACAAGCUCGCAUAUGAUAUUGCUGCUCGAUAAAGAAUUGCAAGUCUUUCCUUGGGAGUCCAUGGCGUGUUUGCGAGGCCAUGCAACGUCGAGAAUGCCUUCGUUGGGGGCUAUUUGGGACCGUCUCAACGCACUUCGGAUACAGGAAAAGAAUGCCGCCGGUUACUGUAUUCCAAGUUCGGACGGCGCAUACAUCCUCAAUCCGUCGUCGGAUCUCAUAUCGACACAAGACACUUUUGGUCAAGUCCUGGAGGGUCAACUCACGGGAUUCGAGAGUAUUGUCAAUCGGCCCCCAAGGGAGACCGAGUUUGAGAAGAUCCUACGAGACAAGUCACUCGUGCUUUAUUUCGGUCAUGGCGGAGGAGCCCAAUAUAUCCGUGGUCGUACGAUCCGCAAGUUGGACAAGUGCGCGGUGACGAUGCUGAUGGGCUGCAGCAAUGCCAAGAUGACCGAGUGUGGAGUAUAUGAGCCAUAUGGGAUGCCUUGGAACUAUAUCAAUGGAGGCAGCCCGGCCGUCGUGGGAACUCUAUGGGAUGUCACGGAUCGAGAUAUUGAUCGAUUCGCCAUGGAAAUGAUGGUUGACUGGGGCCUCAUUGAGGAAGAUGGUGCUCCUCAGGUCAAGCCAAAAUCAGGCAAAAAGAAAGCAGAUAUACCGAGUGAUGCACGAAGGAAGCAUUGUGCCACACAGCAGCGUGGAAUGGUGUCUUUGGAUCAGGCGGUCGCACAUGCUCGGGAUGCCUGCUUGUUGAGGUAUUUGAAUGGAGCUGCUCCUGUUAUGUAUGGGAUUCCGGUAUUCUUGGAAUGA